CUAACUUAGGAGCUUCUCCAUUCUGUUAGCUCUCAGGAACAUCUAAGGCAAGACUGGCACCCAGCGCCCAGAACCCUGCACCCCACAGGAAGCCUGUGGCCUCCCCCGGCACCAUGGAGUCCUUCAGCUCAAAGAGUCUGGCACUUCAAGCGGAGAAGAAGCUACUGAGUAAAAUGGCUGGUCGGUCCGUGGCUCAUCUCUUUAUCGACGAGACCAGCAGCGAGGUGUUGGAUGAGCUUUACCGUGUGUCCAAAGAGUACACGCACAGCCGGCCCAAGGCACAGCGGGUGAUCAAAGACCUGGUCAAGGUGGCAGUCAAGGUGGCUGUGCUGCACCGCAGCGGCUGCUUUGGUCCUGAGGAGCUGGCCCUGGCUUCCCGGUUUCGACAGAAGCUGCGGCAGGGCGCGAUGACCGCGCUUAGCUUUGGUGAGGUGGACUUCACCUUUGAGGCUGCUGUGCUAGCAGGCCUGCUCGUGGAGUGCCGGGACAUUCUUUUGGAGCUGGUAGAGCACCACCUCACACCCAAGUCACAUGACCGCAUCAGACACGUGUUUGAUCACUACUCUGACCCUGACCUGCUGGCUGCCCUCUACGGGCCUGACUUCACCCAACACCUUGGCAAGAUUUGUGAUGGGCUCCGGAAGCUGCUGGAUGAGGGGAAGCUCUGAGGAUCCAGAACCCAGCAUAUUGAACUUUGGCAAAAUGACUGACCGGGCUUUCUAACCAUGCACAAACGCUUGUCAAUCCCCCCCCUCCCGCAGGCUUCAUUCCCUCCCAAGAGUGUUGCCUACACCAAGGCAACCCCCACCCGAAUGUGCUGGGAGGAAAGCUAUGUUGAGCUCAGUGAGGCGGCUCUCCCAUCCAGUGUCAGCAAAGGGAACAGCUGAUUGAGGAAGUGAAACUUGGAUCUGCUUCUCCCAGGAGAACUGCCCCCAAAAGGAUCCUCCUCUUCCACAAACCCAACCACGGGGGCACUGAGGGCCAGAAGCAGGAAGGUGGCCGUCAGAGUCCACCUAGAUCUCCUAGAGCUGGAGGCAGCACUUGGACACAUAGCAGAGUUGUUCCAGUUCCUAGAAGGAGCUGGGGUAGGGGAGCACAGGGGAAAUAAAACCACUAAAACAUG